AUGUCAUCAGACACACGUACUUUAACACGAUACCCAAGAUUUCAGCCAUCAGUCAGGCAAGGUUUAUAUGUGUCAGGAAAGGAUUUGGCUCAGUGGCAGGAUCAUUUAAAUGCUGGCGAGAAGGACGAUAAGAUUGUUACUUUAACAGGUCGCAUUGUUUCCAAACGGGAAUCGAGUGCCAAGCUGAUAUUUUAUGAUAUUAUGCAUAAUGGUGAUGUUAUUCAAGUGGUUGCCUCUAAAAGUCGAUUUGAACAACCUGAACUGUUUACAGAUAUUAACCAAGACGCCUCUCGUGGUGACAUUUUUGCUUUUACUGGUGUUGUUGGGAAAACCAAGCAUGGUCAACUUAGUAUUUUCGCUAAUCAACUUCAAAUGCUUGUACCUUGUUUACAUGAUAUUCCUCGUUCAGGUUUAAAAGAUCCUGAAAAACGAUUUCGUCAAAGGUAUCUGGAUAUGCUAGUGAAUCCUGAACCAACACAAAUACUACGAAUAAGAUCACAGGUUAUUCGAUUUAUUCGACAAUUUUUAGAUGAACGGGGUUUUUUGGAAGUGGAGACACCAAUAUUAUCAUCUAAAGUAGGUGGGGCUAAUGCCCAACCCUUCAAGACUCAAGCCAAUGCUCUUGAUAUGGAGAUGCAACUAAGAAUUGCUCCAGAAUUAUAUCUCAAGCAACUUGUUAUUGGUGGUAUUGAUCGUGUGUAUGAAAUAGGGAAACAAUUUCGGAAUGAAGGUAUUGAUGCUGAUCAUAAUCCAGAAUUCACCACUUGUGAAUUUUAUCAAGCCUAUGGAAAUUUGGAUAGUCUGAUGAACGACACGGAAAAAAUGUUAUUAGAAAUGGUACAAUACAUCCAUGGAAGUAAAAGCAUCAACAAGAAUGGACAAGAGUUGAAUUUUGAACGACCUUUCACAAGGAUUAAUGUUGUGGAUUAUUUGGAUAAUUACUUUGGACUUGAAAAUAGUGGGAAUUCAGUUGCGACGAUGGAUUCAAUGUCUUUACAAAAGAUUUGCCAACAACAUGAUAUCACUGUGAAAGCACCAUUGACUGAAGCUCGGUUACUAGACAAAAUUAUAUCUCAUGUCAUUGAACCCAAAUGUGUACAACCAACAUUUCUAUAUAACCAUCCACUGGCACUCAGCCCAUUAGCCAAAGACAUGGAGUAUACAACAGCCGGUAAGAAGGUGACAGUGGCUGCACGUUUUGAAUUAUUUGUAGCAAAAAAAGAGAUCGUGAAUGCCUAUGAAGAAUUGAAUGAUCCUGAAGAACAACAACGACGGUUUGAACAACAAAUAAAGGACAGACAGCUUGGAGAUAAUGAAGCACCUAUUCCAGAUGCUUCAUUUGUAGAGGCGUUGAAAUAUGGACUACCUCCUACAGCAGGUUGGGGAAUGGGAGUCGAUCGUGUAGUUCAAUUGCUUACAGAUACUCAUCAUAUUCGAGAAGUCAUCGCAUUUCCCGUUGUUCGUCCUAUCAACAACAACCCGAAAGUUUCAAAUGAAUAG